AUGAAGCAGGCUAUUCUUUUCGCGGCACUUGCCCCUUUAGCAUCUCUGACUGGUGUACAAGCCAAGCCGGUUGAUAGCUGGAUCACUACCAUUUGGGAUGAUUUCAAGGAGGCUGUGGACUGUGGCAGCUGCCAGGCUCUCCUGGGUGGCCUCAAGCUAGUUGCUGGUCUCGGGGAAUCCUUCUUUGAGGAUGUUUUGACCGGAGUUUGCGAUAUCAGUGGUGCUGAAGACUCCGAUGUCUGCUCCGGUAUCAUCGCAAAUGAAGGACCUGCAGUAUACUACUCUCUCAAGAACCUAAAACUGGGCUCUCACACGGCCAAAACAUUCUGUGCCAGUCUGGUCGGACUCUGCGACUUCCCAGCUGUUCGACCAUACAGUCUUUCUUUCCCUUCACCAAAGCCACCGAAAAGUCGACCGCCACCAAGCGGAAAGCCCCCGAUCAAAGUUGUCCACUUCAGUGACACUCACGUCGACUUAUCUUACGAAACCGGCUCCAAUUUUGACUGUACCAAACCCAUCUGCUGCCGGGUCUACACCGAAGAGGACGCUCCGGGAAACACCUCCUCACCAUGCGGCUCCUGGGGUAACUCCAAAUGCGACCCACCGCAACGCCUCCAACAAAGCAUGAUGGAUGCUAUCACAUCCCUGAACCCCUCCUUCUCAAUCUAUACAGGCGACGUAGUCGCCCACGACGUAUGGCUAGUCGACAAAACCGAAGUCCUCUCCGACUUCAAUGCGACAUUCAGCACUAUGGAAUCGACCCUCGGCCUCGUCUAUGCUGCCCUAGGAAACCACGAUGCCGCACCCCUAAACCUCUUCCCCUCAACCAACACCCCAAGCACCUACAACCCUCAAUGGGCCUACGACGCCCUCACAACCUACUGGCUGUCUCUAACCAACAACAACCAAGCUAUUUCCACCGCCAAAAAAUACGGCUCCUACUCAGCCCUCCACAAAACCACCAACCUCCGCAUAAUCUCCUACAACAGCAUCUUCUACUACAAAUAUAACUUCUUCUCCUACGAAGAACCAAUGCCUUUCGACCCUGACAACCAGCUCGCUUGGCUAAUCUCUGAACUCUCUGCCGCCGAAGCCGCCUCCGAGCGCGUCUGGCUGAUCUCACACAUCCCCAGUGGAAAUGUAGACCAUUUCCGCGACCAUUCGCACUACUUCGACCAGAUCGUACAGCGGUACGAGGCUACCAUCGCGGGAUUAUUCUUCGGACAUACGCAUACGGAUGAAUUCCAGAUAUCGUAUUCUGAUUAUGAUCAUCGGAGCUGGGACAAUGCUGUUGCGAUGGGAUAUGUUGCACCUUCGAUGACGCCUACCUCGGGACCGCCUUCGUUUAGGGUUUAUGAGAUUGAUCCUGUUACCUUUGGUGUGUUGGAUUAUACGCAGUAUAUUGCGAAUAUUACUGAUCUUGAGGGCGAGCCGGAGUGGGUUCCCUAUUAUUCCGCAAAGAAGGAUUAUGGAGGGAAGCUUGAUGUGUCGGUGUCUGUGGAAGAGGAGCUGACUCCUGCGUUCUGGCAUAAUGUUACUGUGGCGAUGGAGAAAGAUGGAGGGCUAUUUGAGAAUUUUUGGGCGAGGAGGACGCGUGGGUUUGAGGUUCCGGCUUGUGAAGGGGAUUGUGUGAGCAAUGAGAUUUGUGCACUGAGGGGUGCGGAUGCGCAGUUCAGUUGUGUGGAGAGGAAGCCUGGGUUUAGCUUUGAGAAGAGGGGAGAGCGGAGGGAUUUGCUGGGUAAGAGGUUUCAGCCUGAGUGUAAUCAUGCCGGGAUGGCGCCGUUGUUGGCGAAGAUUGCGCACCGGGCUAGUUUGGCCAGGGAGGUGGAGGGUUGA